UCAAGUCGAGAUAAAUACAGUUUCACGUUGAGUUGAUUGUGUGGUGGUCGUACUAAAGUCGUCAUCAUCAGUGUUUUUGUGUUUUCUUUUUUUUCCAACCAAAAUUGCAUCGAUUUAAAUUAGCAAAAUUAGUUCGCCAAGCGGAGAAACGUUUUAUUUAGCCACCAUUAGCGCGGUCGGAAUAUAAUACACGAAAUUAUCCGCAAAAUGGGAUUUAAAUAUGGCAAAUUCAGUGUAGUGCUACUGUUAUGUCUUGUGCUCGGAACCAUUGCGUUUACCAUUCCGGAAAAUGAAGACUUUCUGCAAAAUGCUCACUACCACAACACAGGCGAAUUACAGGAUCUGUUUGCUAAGUUAGCCAAAGACUAUCCCGAUCUAGCUAGAGUCCAUUCAAUCGGUUCGAGCUACGAGGGCCGUGAUUUGACGGUAAUCGAAAUCACGAAAAAUGUACGCAAACGAUCGAUUUUGGUGCCCAUGUUCAAAUAUGUAGCCAAUAUGCAUGGUGACGAAACAGUUGGUAGAGAAAUGCUGGUCUACUUGGCCGAGUACCUGUUAAACAAUUACGGGAAAAUAGCUGAAGUAACAAAAUUGGUGGACAGCACAGACAUAUUUCUGAUGCCGUCAAUGAAUCCAGAUGGAUUUGAAAAUUCGCAGGAGGGCAGCUGUGAGUCUCCUCGCAAUUACUAUGGCCGAAACAAUGCCGCCGGAGUGGAUUUGAAUCGCGACUUUCCGGAUCGAUUCGAAAGCACAAUGAUGAAACGAAUCAAAUCGUCGAGAAAGCAACCGGAAACCAUGGCUCUGAUCCAGUUCAUAAACACACAUCCAUUCGUUUUGUCUGCAAAUUUGCAUGGCGGUGCUGUCGUUGCCAGUUACCCGUAUGAUAACUCGAUUCGCCAUCACGAUUGUUGUGAAGAAAGUCCCAGUCCCGAUGAUCCAAUGUUCAAAUAUUUGGCUACUACAUACGCGCAAAAUCAUCCUCUUAUGCGAAAUGGUCAUGAGUGCAAUGAAACAUUCCCGGGUGGAAUAACAAACGGAGCAUUUUGGUACGAGCUGAAUGGUGGAAUGCAGGACUACAAUUACGUCUACUCGAAUUGCUUCGAAAUCACAUUGGAGUUGUCGUGCUGCAAAUUCCCGAAAGCCGAUCAAUUAGCCACAGAAUGGCGAAACAAUAAGCGCAGUUUGCUGGAGUACAUGAAGCAGGUGCAUUUGGGCGUCAAGGGGCUGGUGACCGAUUUGAAUCGGUAUCCGAUCCGUGAUGCCGAAAUUUUGGUCGAAGGCAUUGAACAGAAAACGGUCAGAACGACCAAUCGUGGUGAAUAUUGGAGAUUAUUGAAGCCGGGACAGUACAAUAUCCAGGCCAUUGCUUUCGGCUACGAACCGAGUCCAAUUCAAACAAUUACAGUAACAACAGAUGAACCGGUUCGAAUCGACUUUACGUUGAAGCCGUCCGAUUCGGUCGAAGGCCCAUACAGACAUCCAAUCACAAUUCGAGCUAAUCACGACAACAACGGAUUCACUUCAACCACAAAAUUUGUGCAUCACAACUACAAGAGCAUGGAAAGACUGCUUAAGGACUUGAACGGCAACUAUCCUCGAAUUACUCGAUUGUAUUCGAUCGGGAAAAGUGUUCAGUCUCGUGAUCUGUGGGUGUUGGAAAUUUCAACCAAUCCCGGCAAACAUGUUCCCGGUGUUCCAGAAUUCAAAUACAUUGCAAAUAUGCAUGGUAACGAAGUGGUUGGCCGGGAAUUGUUACUUCUGUUGGCCAAAUAUUUAUGCGAAAAUUACAAACUCAACGAUCGCAUAACCAAAUUGAUCAAUUCGACGCGAAUACAUAUCAUGCCGAGUAUGAAUCCGGACGGCUACGAGAUGUCAAAGGAAGGCGAUGAAACUAGUGCGGUUGGAAGGGGUAAUGCGCACAAUAUUGACCUGAACCGAAAUUUCCCCGACCAGUACGGCAUUAAUCGUUUCAACGAGCAUCAAGAACCGGAAACGCAGGCAGUCAUGAAUUGGACUUUAUCGACUCCAUUUGUUUUGUCAGCCAAUUUGCAUGGUGGAGCCCUUGUUGCAAACUAUCCGUUCGAUGACUCUGCCAAGGACUUCAUGGUAACUCACGAUCCUGCUACCGUAUUCAAUCCAACUGAAGACAACAAAAUGUUCGAGUAUUUGGCCAGGACUUACUCAGAUGCACAUUCUACAAUGAAUAAGGGGGAACAUUGUCCGCUAUUUGUGAAGGAACAGUUUAAGGAUGGUAUAACGAAUGGAGCUGCUUGGUAUGCAGUGACGGGUGGAAUGCAAGAUUGGAACUACAUGGCAGCUGGUUGCUUUGAGUUGACAAUAGAAACGGGCUGCUCAAAGUUUCCGAAACAAGACGAACUGCCUGAUAUGUGGACUGCCAAUCGAGAGCCACUAGUCAAAUACAUUGAGCAGGUGCAUCGUGGCAUCCACGGUUUCGUCAAAAGCUCCAUUGGAACGCCAAUUGCCAAAGCUGCGAUUACGCUGAACGACAUCAAACACGUUACGUACAGCUCUGAAUACGGAGACUAUUUCAAACUGACGUUGCCUGGAAAGUACAAUAUUACUGUGGACGCACCCGGCUACGAUUUAUACGUAAGCGAAGUUGAAGUGUUGGAUGACGGUGUUGGUUCCACGCUGCAUGAUAUAACGUUAAUGCGUGACGAUGUACAGCAUUGGUCAUCUGCCUACGAUUAUCGAGUGUUGGACAACGUUAUACGAACAAGAUAUCACUUGGACGAUGAAAUUAAAGCGAAAAUGGCUGAACUGGAACAGGAUAAUCUGGUGGCAUUCGAUGCCAAUGAUAAUGAGGUGUCCAUGGUAGUGCCAUCGUUAAAAGUAACCUCGGAUUUACAGUCAUCAGAGGAAACAAAACUCCAUGUGCUGAUAUUGGGCUCAUUCUUUGAUACAGCACCAUUGGGUCGUGAGAUUACAAUGAACCUGGCGCGGCACAUCAUUGCGGCAUAUAAGAUUCAAGAGCCACCGUACAAACUCUUACUGGACAAUGUUGUGCUGCAUUUCGCGCCACUAACUCCCAAUUUCAAGGAAAUCUAUCUGCGCUUCUCAUCGAUGACUGAUGCGUGUGACAUCUCAGCGAACGACGAGCUGGCCGACCGAAUUUUGAGUCCGGAAUAUGACAAAAUGAAAAUGAUUUACCUCAAGAUGAUCCAAGACGGAGACUUUGAUUUAGUUCUGUCGUUCGCAGCUGGUGGACACGACGUUGUCUAUCCGCAAAUACCAUCGGGAAAAGCGUCAAUUUUCUCACAUUUCGCCCAGAAAAUCGAAAAGGCCGAUGAGGAACACAAAAUUAAAACAAUGACCCGCGAAUGCACGAUGAAUCCGUCCCGGCAACACCAUGCCGAUGCGUUACAACGUCUCACCAACGAAUUUUACAAUUUGUAUAAGGUGCCCAUGUUGACGCUCCAAUUGGACUGUUGCAAGAUGCCGAAAGAUGCUGAAAUAUCGACGAUUUGGCGACGGAACAUUUUCAAGGUGUUGAACUUCCUUAAGCUAACCGAGGUCGGCAUUCAAGGCUACGUCAAAGAUUCGGCUGGAAAACCCUUACACGACGCAAAACUUGUCAUUGAAAAUGAAGGAAUAGAUUUGGAGUAUUCGGUGACCAAGAAGCUGGCACAUUUCCGUAUUGUGCUGCCACCAGGCGAGGUGAAUAUUCAAAUUCAAUGCCGGAAGUUUGCGACAAAAAUGUUGAGAUAUGUCGUGCCGGAUGAUCGGGUUUUGGAUUUGGGCAACAUAACACUGGAGUCGGGCGAUGAUAAGGACUACAUUGUGGACUGGAAAAACGAUGAUGUUAACGCGACCCAUGUUGUUAAAGGCUACGUCCUCGAUUACAUGAACCAUCCACUGAAAUAUGCAAAGGUUUCAGUCAUCCAUCCGGCCACGAAUUUAUUCGAUUUGGCCGAUCACUUGGGCAGCUUCCACAUUAACAUAGGAAAAAUCGUUGGAAACAUAACGCUUCAGGUUGAAUCGUCGGGACACAUUUCAAGUCAGAGAACGGUUCAGAUAGCCAACGAUCAUGAUUCAGUCAAGGAUGUCUUUUUCCAUUUGGACGUUGAUGAGAACGUGCUGGGCAUGCCCAGACUCUUGUUCGUCGUAACAGUCGGCUGUCUUGGCGUGCUGAUAAUUGCCUGCUGUGCAUUCAGCAUCACAUUCUAUCAGCGCAGAAAGCUGGAUCGAUCGUACUACAGUUUUUCGGUGCUGCCGCAACACAAGGGCGGCGAAAUGAAGAAACUUUUCGAAGAUGAGGACGAAAUGGACGAAACGGAACUGUUUCGAACGCCGAUCAAGAAAGGUAAUCUUCAGCCGUACUACGAUGACGAACGUGAACCGAUAUGCGAUACAGAAGACGAUGAGGACGCUAGUGAAGAUGAAAUUGUAAUGGUGAAUCGGGGAGGCGUUGUUCGCGGUGGCGAUGACAGUGAUAGUAAUUAAGCGUUUAGUGGAGUAGGUUGUGUACAUGAUCUGAAUUCAUAAUGUUAGGCGUGGCAGCAUUCCACGGAUAUCUGUUUGUUUCUGUAAUUUGACUGUUGGUAUAUUUACCCCGCUUGGUUUUUAAUGUUUAAGUUUAACUAAUGUCAUUCCAUCGUCGGUUUUGUUUUUAAGAAGUUAAGAAACGAAUAAGAUUUUCAUAAAUGGGUCA